UUGUAACCAAUCGAGUUAAUUUGAUGUGUUUAUUUGUAUAUUUAAAAUUUUCAAUCCACAAAAUUUUAUAAAAUUUAUUGGAUGUCAUCAAAAUAUGAUUGCAUUUAAUUGUUCUAAAUUAUAUUACUAAUAUUAUUUAUAUAAACGUAUUCACUUUGUAAACAUAUUUUAACCAAUGUUUUUUUUUUAAUCAUCAUUAAAAUAAGAUAGACCACUUGAAAAAAGCUUGUCAAUAAUGGGUAUUGGAUUAAAGCCACUGGAAUUUACUGACUGUUUAACAGACAGUCCGUUUUUUCGUGAAAAUUUACAUUAUCAUGAACGUGAAUUAGAUAAAACAAGCCAACAAAUAAAACGAUUGAUAAAAGAAGUUAAAGAAUUAUUGGUUGCUGCUAAAAAUUUAUCAAGAGCCCAGAGAGCAUUUUCAAAAACCCUGCAAAAUUUUAGUUUUGAAUGCAUUGGAGAAACACAAACCGAAGAUGAAUUACAUAUCUCUCAAAGCCUAAAGGAAUUUGGUAAGCUCAUUGCUUCAAUUGAGGAUGAAAGGGAUCGUAUGCUUGAACGAGCUUAUGAUCAAAUAAUACUACCAUUAGAAAAUUUUAGGAAAGAACACAUUGGUGGAGUGAAGGAAGGAAAGAAAAAGUUCGAAAAACAAACGGUUAAAUUUUGUCAAAGUCAGGAACGUUACUUGAGUCUUUCGACGAAAAAACAAGACAAUGUUCUCCAAGAGGCAGACGCAACACUUGAUAUGGCUGAAAGACACUUUUGUCAAGCUAGCUUGGAAUACGUUUUCUUAUUGCAAGAAGUUCAGGAAAGAAAAAAGUUUGAAUUCGUAGAAACGCUUCUAGGUUUCAUGUUUGGAUGGUUAACUUUUUAUCAUCAAGGCCAUGAAGUUGCAAAGGAUUUCAAACCUUACAUGACCGAAUUACAAUUGAAAAUACAGAAGUCUGCAGUUGAAACUGGCUUAAGUAAAUUAUAUUCAAGGGAAGGUUAUUUAUUCCUUAUGGAAAAAAAAGCAUUUGGUGCAGGCUGGACCAAACAGUAUUGUACAUACCAAAAAAACACAAAAGAAUUUACUAUGAUACCGUACAAUCAAUUAACUGGAAAAUUUAGUAAUAAAGAAACUUUGAUAUUAGCAAGUUGUGUUCGUCGUAUGUCAGAUACUAUUGAAAAAAGAUUUUGUUUUGAUAUUACGGCAUCAGAUAAGCCUGGCAUAAUUUAUACAUUUCAAGCUUUAUCUGAGGAAGACAGAAAACUAUGGAUGGACGCCAUGGAUGGAAAAGAACCAACGUAUGCAUUCCAAUGCUCCCCUGCAAAAUCUGAUGAAACUAUUCUAGAUGAAACUGGUUUUUUAUUCGUAUCCAAAUGUAUUAAUGCUCUUGAAAAUAGAGGUUUAGAAGAACAAGGACUUUACAGAGUCGUAGGUGUAGCCUCAAAAGUAAAUAAAUUAUUAUCUAUGGGACUAGACAAAAGAAAACUGGACAAACUUAAUUUUGAUGAUAAAUUUGAAUGGGAAAGUAAAACAAUCACUAGUGCACUUAAGACUUAUCUCAGAACUUUAUCCGAACCAAUUAUGACAUUCCGUUUUUAUAACAGCUUUAUAAUUGCUGCUAAAUUAGAAUCCAGAGAGUCGCGUAUUCACGACAUACAUACUCUUGUUUAUCGAUUACCGAAAGCCAAUUUUAAUAUUUUGAUGUUAUUAAUUAAGCAUCUUUGCAAUAUUGCAAACAAAUGUGAUAAAAAUUUAAUGACCGUUGGAAAUUUAGCCGUAUGCUUCGGACCAACUUUAUUGCGUCCUGAAGAAGAGACUGUUGCGUCAAUAAUGGAUAUUAAAUUUUAUAAUAUAGUCGUAGAAAUAUUAAUUGAAAAUUACGAAAGAAUAUCCGCUGGACCGCCACAUGAAUUAACACAACCAUCACAUUCAUUACAAAAAUUAACGACUAUUUCUGUCGAAAAACGUAAUCUUGAAGAAACUCAAGGUGCAUCGGGAAAUGGUAGUGCAUUAAAUAAAUACAAUAUGCAUACUGUUAAUCCAGUAUUACAUUCAAACCACAGUAAAUCAUUCUACGAAAAGCCUUUAUCAAUUGUAACGAAACCAGUAUCUGUCGAUGAUUAUAAUGAUUUUGAUGAAAUUAAAUAUGGAGUACAACAUUUACCUUCAUUUUCGGAUACUCGAAUUAGUCGUCCAAAAUUAGUGAAUGCUAAUUUUAUGUAUUAUUCAACUGAUAAAGUUGGGAGUGGGAACACCAGCAGUUCAAACGAAUCAGUCGCUUCAGAUUCUCACCUUCUGAUGACAGAUUUACCAUUGAAACAUAAACGAGGUCCAGUGAUGGGGAUGCAUUAUCCGUCUGGAUAUUCACAACGUAAUAGUUCUGCGAUAUCUUUUUCGAAUACUUCUCCUGCAAGUGGACAAUCAAGCCCAGGACAAACAUCAGGAAUUUGGAGAGUUCGUACUCUAUACGCUUGUAUGGCCGAAAAUGAUGGAGAGCUAUCAUUCGAACCUAAUCAAAUAAUAACAAAUGUGAGACCAUCGCUCGAGCCCGGGUGGCUGGAGGGGACAUUAAAUGGGAAAACUGGAUUAGUACCAAAAAAUUAUGUUGAACAAUUACCCUGAGAGCAAACGUACCAAAAAUAACAGUUGAUGUAUAGAUAUUUUUAUAC